GGGAGGGCAUCAGGCGGCGGGAGCGAGCGGGAGGGAGCGGGUCGGGAUUCCGGCAGCGCGGGAGCUGUCAGACACAUUGUCAUUAUUAUAUUAUAAUCACAAUAACAACAGUAAUCAUCAAAACAACCGAACCCUGAGGUGACUGUCACCGACAUGAAGCUGCCGCUGCUGCUCCUGGGCUUUGCCGCCCGGGCGCUGGGAGACGCCGCCGUGUAUUUGAAGGAAGAAUUCGCGGAUGGCGGUGCUUGGGAAAGCAGAUGGACGGAAUCAAAACAUAACUCUGACUAUGGUAAAUUUGUACUCAGUGCUGGAAAAUUUUACGGUGACCCUGAGAAGGAUAAAGGAAUUCAGACCAGUCAGGAUGCAAAGUUCUAUGCAAGAUCAGUCAAGUUUGAGCCAUUCAGCAAUGAAGACCAAACACUAGUCAUCCAAUUCACUGUAAAGCACGAACAAAACAUUGAUUGUGGUGGAGGAUAUAUUAAACUCUUUCCUGGUGAUCUGAAUCAAGAGGAUAUGUACGGAGAUUCUCCUUACUAUAUCAUGUUUGGCCCAGAUAUUUGUGGACCAGGAACCAAGAAGGUUCAUGUGAUCUUCAGUUACAAAGGAAAGAAUCACUUAAUUAAUAAAGAUGUUAGAUGCAAGGACGAUGAGUACACACAUCUUUAUACCUUAAUAGUCCGGCCAGAUAACACAUAUGAGGUCAAAAUUGACAACAAGAAAGUUGAAUCUGGUAACAUAGAGAAUGAUUGGGACAUGCUGCCCCCCAAACAAGUAAAGGAUCCUAAUGCCAAGAAACCUGAAGAUUGGGAUGAUCGGGAGAAGAUUGACGACCCUGAUGAUGUGAAACCAGAAGACUGGGAAAAGCCAGAACAUAUUGCUGAUCCCGAUGCCAAGAAACCGGAUGACUGGGAUGACGAGAUGGAUGGUGAAUGGGAGCCGCCAAUGAUUCAGAAUCCUGAAUAUCAGGGUGAAUGGAAACCUCGUCAAAUUGACAACCCGACCUACAAAGGAAAAUGGGUCCAUCCAGAAAUUGAUAAUCCUGAGUAUACACCAGCACCUAAAUUGUACAUGUAUGAAAACAUUGGAGUUCUUGGGCUUGAUCUGUGGCAGGUGAAAUCUGGCACAGUCUUUGAUAAUUUCCUUAUCACAAACAAUGAGAAAUAUGCAGAAGAUUUUGGCAAUCAAACAUGGGGAGUAACCAAGGACACAGAGAAGAAAAUGAAAGAAAAGCAAGAUGAAGAAGAUAAACGGAUAGAAGAAGAAGAGGAGAAAACUAAAAGUGAAGAUCAGGAGGAGGAGGAGGAAGAUGAAGAGGCAGAAAAGGAGGAAGAACAAGAGGUUGAGAGUGACACACAAGCAAAAGCUAGAGAUGAAUUGUAAUCCUUUGUAAAUCAUGUUGUGUGAAUGUUUAGGUAGAGACAGUUUGUCUACAAUUUAGAAUGUUCAUCUUGUUCCAAAAGGUUUUUCCAAUGUGAAGAAUUGCACUGCUGUACCUUCAUAAACAAAUUGUCACAGACGCAGACGGGAGGUUAGUUUGAUUUUUUAAAAUAUAUUUUGUACUAUAAUAUUUGUGGGGCUGGUGGGAUUUAACCUUUAGCAGCAAAUGCAAUACAAAACGAUCUGGAACUUUUGCUUAUGUACAGUAUAAACCAGAGUUUUCAUUCAAGGUGCAAUUUGGUUUGAACUUGUGGUCAUUGUGUAGAUUUUCAAACAAACGUUAUGACUGAGACCUUGCGGUUGCCACUUAUAUUGCACCCUUUUACAAUUAAACUAUGGGAACGUUGCCAUUUCCUUUACCUGAAGCACAGCUCUACAUCAUCCUUUAGACAUCAGGGUUUUACUGUAUUGACAAUUUAAAUUCAGACUGAAAUAAACCUGUAUUAUUGAGCUGCAGUUCA